AUGGCGAUGCUCAUGCUCAUGACCUCGAUCAACGUGCGCUCCGACGCACUGGCUGAACAGUGUCGUCAUGCGACUGCAGGCACCCCGCUCGUUGGUGACAUUAGUGACGAGACAACCAUCGAGUACGCGCUCUUUGAUCGUUCUGGCAACGAAGUGUUCUGCCGCAAGCUUGGCUUUGUGAUCACGGGUCAACUCAUUCAGAACCGCCUCCGCCCCUACAAGUGGCGGAUUCUCCGCCUUUGGAUCAUCAACUUUUACUUGUGCCCGCUCAAGGAGCGCGAAGCGAUCGCGUCCAUGACGCUUGGCAUUCCGGGCAGCCAUCUACGACUGCAGCGUGUUCAAAGUCUUUUGCACUCUAGUCGGUAA